GACUUCUUGCGUCCAUCCACUGAUACCAUUCGUCGCGAGACGGAAAGAGAAAGCCACUCACUCAGAUUUCCUUUGUCAAACCCCACUGUCGUGUUUUCCAAAUUUCCUUUAGCGCGUCUAUUUGCUUUCUUGCCGGGCUGGAGUUGCUAUUGUCAUAUUACGUCUGCUUGUCGCCAUUGUCGUCGCUGGCUCGACCCAGUCUCACCGUUUCCACUGCCCUCUCAGACCCACGAGCCACACCAUAAGCCGCCACAGCUAUCCCGAAAUGGAUAGUGUCACUGGAAGAGAAUAGGCCAACGGAUUACGGAGAUGUAGGGCACUUAUAUGGCAGCAGAUUUGGGUAGAGAACGGCCGGCCCGAUGGGCUUGUUGCUUUUUUUCUCCUGUUCUCUUCGCACAUAGAGAAGAAAGUUUGAGGGAUCAAACGACAAGAGACAUGAGCUUCAUGCGCACGUCACACGCGAACCACACAAACUCCAGCACCGUUGCAAAAUACCAGCAACACCAACCAUACCACACCAGCCACACUAUUAUUUCCUAUGUUCGUCGAUUUUCUUGUCGUCGUUCAAUCCCCCCAAUCCCAUCUUCGUCUACUUCUGAUCCCUCAUCUUCCCUCUCAACCUCCUCACCUUCUGCUGGUAGUUUGGUUUCACGCAUGAUACCACGGCGUUGCUUUCUUCUUCUUCUUCUUCUUCCCCUGUACAUAAUACGUAGGGGAAAACUUGUAGGGUCUUUCUUCCGCUUUGUGUUCGCUGCUUCUCAGAAACGGCGCUUUUGUUACUUUUGCUCUUUGCGUAUCGAUUUAUUUUGCUUGGCUCCCUUUUUCCAUGUCUUUCCUGUCGGUGUUUGUUAUUUUUUUCGUCUUACCAUUUUUCUUCUCGUUUUUUUCUCUCGUAGUGUCUCACGCUAGUUAGGUAGCGUAAAAGAAAGUGAAGGAAUCAUUUGCUCACAUAUUGUCUUUGUCAUCUGCCGUCUAGUUGCACGUGCGGGGAGGUGAAGGAAUCGAAGUGAGUCGAAGAUGGCUGUUCGAACUAUAAAAUGCUCAUUUCAGGUCUCGGUGCAGUGUCUUGU